CAGUACUUACCCCUGGUUUGGUUAAGUGAACAGCUAGUACUCUACUUUACCCCCCUGAGGCCAUAGGAAGAGUGACCAGACUUUUAAGAGAAACAGAUGUACCGCUCAACUUUUUUAAGAGACACAGACAAGUGUUGGUGGUUGAGCUGAAUAUGUUUGAGUUAUUGAGGUAUUGAAGAGAUGUAGAACAGCAGACAGGAAAUCUGUGGCUGCUGCAGACUUGAGAAGUUUGUCACAUCCUAUUUAGUCAUAAAAGCCACUCAAAUGUGCUUUCUAAUCUGAGGUUGAUUCCCCCGCUGAACACCUAGAAGCUUAACUGGAAUACACAUAGUUGCAGAAAUGCAUGCUUUGCAAUUGCGUUUGAGUGGUUGAACUUCUCUAUUUCUCACAAACAGGUAAUAACAGAAAGAGAGUGAGUGUUAAGCAUAUGUGAGCUCUGGACCAACCUCCUGUAAAUGAAUGCACAGUAAAUUAUGAGCUGUAGUGAGUACAUCAAUGUUUAUCUGAUUAAUUAUUUACUUUGGCCAACUAUUUGGUGCGAAUCACAGCUGCCUCCUGAUGAGGUCUGCUCCCAUUUGGAACACACACAAAUGGUUUUUUGAACACACACCUCUACAUCUACAAGUCCCCAGAAAGAAAGCAUCUUGCGCCUGCGCAACAUGACAGACACACCUGCGAUUGCACUCCCUGGUUAUCUCCCAGAACUUAAACUGUGUGUUCCCGGAUUUAGGGGCCAGCGCUUCACAGCGGCCUGGGAUGUAACCCGAUACUGAAAGCCAUUUGGAAAGUGCAGGAUAUCCUCAUAUAGUCCCUGUGAAAGCUGCACCCGUUCUCACUCAGGGGACCAGCAGUCAUCUGAACUCCCGCUGACCGGGGCGAGCUCAUCGGACCCCCGCUGUGCGACUCUCUGUGAACUCCCACCACGACUCAACGACUGCAGUUCACAGACCUGGAAUAAACAGGCUCGUUUCCCCCAAACAGACGUUUAUUCUUGCUUCAACCUGACGGCCUACCUGUUCCUCUCGCGGUCUCGGUUUCUCUGCGUCUGUCAAGGUCACUUCCUCUAAUGAAGCCAGGAUCUGCAAGGCGAGACACAAUGAACUCUCAGCCUCAUUGAACAGGCAGCCGUGGAUCCUUGCGCCAUUGGCAGAACUGACAGAGAAGCCAUCCCUGGAAACAAUCUCAAUAAUCGCGUCCAAGAAUGAGGAUCAAAUACACAAUUUCCUUCAUCUUUAUUGUGGCGAUAGUCAUCAUCGAAAAGGAAAACAACAUCAUCUCAAAGGUCUCCGAUAAGCUCACGCCCAGGCAGACGCCGCAGACGCCGCUGCAGUACAAUGUCUCCGCCCACCUCCUUGCCAAACGCAACGGGUCCUACCCGUCCCUCAGCAAGCUGGACCUGGCCUUCCCACACCUGAAGAGGCGCCUGGAGAACUUCACCGAGCAGGCGGAGGGCGGCGGCAGCGGCGGCGGCGGCAAGAAGCACAUCCUCCUGAUGGCCACCACCAGGACCGGCUCCUCCUUCGUGGGCGAGUUCUUCAACCAGCAGGGGGCCAACAUGUUCUACCUGUUCGAGCCGCUCUGGCACGUGGAGAAGAUGCUCACGCUGGAGACGGGCGGCACCAACGCCACGGCCUCGGCCAGGGCCUACCGCAGCGUGCUCCAGCAGCUGUUCCUGUGCGACUUCAGCCUGAUGGAGACCUUCAUCAACCCCCUCCCGGUGGACCACGUCACCACCGCCCUCUUCCGCCGGGAGUCCAGCAGCUCGCUCUGCGAGGAGCCCGUCUGCACGCCCUUCGUCAAGAAGGUCUUCGAGCGCUACCACUGCAAGGUCAGGCGCUGCGGGCCGCUGAACCUCACCCUGGCCUCCGAGUCCUGCCGGCAGAAGGAGCACCGGGCCAUCAAGACGGUGCGGGUGCGGCAGCUGGAGACCCUGCGGCCGCUGGCCGAGGACCCCCGCCUGGACGUGCGCUUCAUCCAGCUGGUGCGGGACCCGCGGGCCGUCCUGGCGUCCCGCAUGGUGGCCUUCUCCGCCAAGUACAAGAACUGGAAGAAGUGGGCGGUGGACGGGGAGGUGCCCAUCGACGACGACGAGGUGAAGAAGCUGAAGGGGAACUGCGACAACAUCCGGGUGUCGGCGGAGGCGGGCCUGAGGCAGCCGCCCUGGCUGCGGGGGCGCUACAUGCUAGUGCGCUACGAGGACAUCGCCCGCUUCCCCAUGCAGAAAGCGGCCCAGAUGUACUCCUUCACCGGGAUCCCUUUCACCCCUCAGGUGAAAGAGUGGAUCCUUAAGAACACCCAGGCUUCCAAGGAGGCCAGCGGCGUGUACUCCACGCAGAAAAACUCCUCAGAGCAGGUGGAGAAGUGGAGGUUCAGCAUACCCUUCAAACUGGCCCAAGUGGUACAGAAGGUCUGCGGGCCGACAAUGAGGCUGUUUGGCUACAAGUUCGUUUACGACGAAGCGACACUGACUGACAAGACUAUCAGUUUGCUCGAAGAAAAGAUGUUUAACUUCCAUUAACUUUUGUGUUCGUUUUGACAAGAUGAAAACUGGAGAAACCUAAAUAUGUAGCGUCGAGGGAAUGUGUUGUAAAUAUUUAUUGAGUUCAGUGGAGAAGGCAAAGCCGUAGGAGGACUGUGGGUACAGCCACAGUACGAACCUUCAUCAGGGCCGGAAACUCCAGGGUCUGUGCUUUACACUUGAAUCACUUGAAGACUCAACAUUCAUUAAAGGGGAGGCGACUCCAAAGAGCAACUGACAGCAGAGCCGACCUGAUUUAGCUUGUGAAUUAUUUUACAUCAAAGCUGAGUUAUGCUGCCAUCAAGCUUUUUAUUAUGAAAGUUGAAGGUAAAAGAGUUUUAUUGAGAUUGAUGGUGUCCUUCAUCUGCAGUACAAAACACACUGAGCAUAUUAAUAAUGGAUGGCAAUAAUUGUGGUUUUGAUGAAAGCUUGAUGUGGUUUUAGUGCUUUUCUCCUGCAGUUUCUCACUCAUCUACCUGCAGUAGGGAGCCCCCUUCUUUGAUGAUGUGAAUAGGAAACCUGAACAACAUAAGAGAGUGUUGGCCUUUUUUUUUUGGGGGGGGGGGUGACUAAAAGUCAAAUUUCAAUAUCUUGACAUCCUUAGGACAGAAAUAUAAAUCACUGUAUAUAUAUAUAUAAUCACAUCACUGUUUUGUCAGAAUCAGAAAUUAUGUUUGCCUCAGGGUUUUGAUGUAAGGCUUUCGAGAUUUGAGACUGCUGACCUGCUGUUGCCAAUUCAUUUUCUGUACUGAUCACAGCUCUUAUGUUUCACAGAUUUUCAGAUGUACUCGGGUCAGUGUCAGUUUUCUCAAGUCCAACCCUGUGCCACAACGCAGGUUUGGCCAUUACAUCAUCACCAUUUGGCAAGCUAACUGCUCAACAUUUAUAAUUUAUUGAAGCACAUUUUUCAAGUGACUCAUGGGGUAUUUCAUUACAUGUGUCCGGUUAAACAUGCCUGGUUAGAAUUUAAUACUGUUAGAGAUUCAGCACAUUUGAUAUGGACACUGUCGACAGUUUCUGAGACCGGAUUAAUUACAGCUGAUUAGCACACCUGAAAUGCAUUCGUACGAUCUCUUCAAAUGCCAGUCUUUAUUUGGACUUUUCCAAUGUUGUUUGUCAUACACUUUCAAUUAUUUUAAUAUUUUAUUUUAAGUGUGCACUCAUUCAUACCAGUUUAUCGAGUUUGUCACCCACCUCUAAUUGGGCCCUAAUUACAUUUGUAUUUUUAUGCCAAGAUAAUUAAUGAACAAAUUAGUGAUGCUGCUUAAAUUCCCAAGAUAAGACCUGAAAUUAAAACACGUGCCCAAGAAAAUUAAUACUUUGGAGAUUCGCUCGGUGUCUACAUACAAUAUUUAAAAGUAUAUAUUUCUUAAAGAAACAGAGACCUCAAUGAUAGCUACUGUAAAUUCAGCCUUUCUAUGGAAAGUCUUGUGGGUACAUGGCAGUUUAUUUUUGAUAACUUAUUUAAGGCCUUUUUGGAAUGUGAUGCAUAUGAACAGAGAGAAGGGGAGCAAUGGCACUGGUGAACAUAAAAAAAACUGGUUUCCAGCCAAAAUUUUAUCUCACGGCUCUGACACUGUCGAGAGAUUCUUUAGCUGUACAUUAGAAGUCAUUCAGCUAUACGUUAGUGGACUUGAGUGAGCCUGUGUGUGUGUGUGUGUGCGCGCGUGUGUCUGUGUGUUCAAUAGAGUUAACAGUAGUGCUGAAGUGUUGAGUUAUGGGAGGAAACCCAUCUCUGUAAAACAGAUGUUUACAGUCUUACUGUAUGUACAGUAGACUUCCUGUCUGCAGCUGGUUUGCAGCGUUUGUUUAUCUGUGUUUGUUUUUCAGCUCACAGAAUCUCUUGACUGGUGUCAACCGACCAAACAACUGGGUUUAUCUCCUCAAGUUGUAUUUAUGAUUUUUUAGUUUUAAGACUCUAUAGUUUUUGAUAGAGGUGACCAUAGUGAACUGCUUGGAAAUGUAUUGUACAAGUAAACUAACUAUGGACAUCUUUUGUUUGUUUAAUGUUUCUAUGUCAUUUUAAAAAUAAAUUUACCAAGUUAUUUUAUCAAAUAAAAUAGGCUGUUUUUUUAUUCACAGGGUAAGCUUGCUGUUGAUUUCCCCCCAUUAUGGAUUUGUGUUAGGAAAAAAAAGCUGUUCUCAUGGUUUACUUGAGGAAAAAUCCAGGUGGACUUUCUGGAAAAAGGUUGUUCCUGUGUGCUGAGCUUAUUCAUUUGGGUGUCAGAGGUCAGAGAGUGAUGGCCAAUAAGGCCAAUAAGGUCAUGGAAUUUUCUAGUAGGAUUCCAGCACACCAGUGGAAAUAAUGCUGACUUAAGCUAUUGUUACAAGACUGUCAUCCAAUAAAUGCUGUCUUUUAAUCGUAAA